GGGAAAUGCCUAAGAAGCAGGGAGAGCGCGUGGGCGUAGCUCAGGAGAUAGACACCCUGGAGGAGAAGCUGUCCCAGUGCAGAGAGAACUUGGAAGAGUUGGAUUUUAAGCUACGGAGAGAACAACUGACUCCUGAGGGAAGAAAGUCACUGGAAAGAGAGAGAAAUCUGCGCAACCAAGCUGAAAAUUAUGAGGAAGAACUGAAAGCGCUUCGCCAUGAAAACCCCAAGAACGCAGCCCUCUCAGUGGCCCUCGUGCUGCUGCUUGUCGUUAUUUACACUUGCUGGACGAUGUAGCA